UGUUUUGCUUUUAGCAAGCUCCGUCUGGGGGACUAUCCCAACCGAUUUGAAUUUGAAAUUCAAAGUGAAAUCGGAUCGAGAGACCCGACCGGCGCCAAAUCCAGCGGAGAAUUAGCGGCAUCUCCAGUGCCGACGUCGAGAAAACUAACUAAACAAACAAGGCGACACCACAAUAAUCAGACUGCGAUAAGCCGGCGUGGGCAAAAACACCAGAAUAGCGAAUCUCGAGCCCCAUAAAUGGAUCUUCUGGGGCCGGCUGGCAAGUCAGUUGUUAUUCAGCUGGCGAACCGGGUGAAAUUCGUGCUGCGUCCCAUAACCACAAUGGCCACCUACGAGCAGGUUAAGGAUGUGCCCAACCAUCCGGAAAUCUAUCUGAUCGACGUUCGGCGAAAGGAGGAACUUCAGCAGACGGGUUGCAUUCCAGCCAGUAUCAAUAUACCCUUGGAUGAGCUAGACAAAGCCCUAAAUCUGGAUGGUGCUGCAUUCAAGAACAAAUACGGCCGAUCCAAGCCGGAAAAGGAAUCUAAGAUCAUAUUCUCCUGCCGGUCGGGAAAUCGUGUUUUGGAAGCUGAGAAAAUUGCCAAGGGCCAGGGAUAUUGCAACGUGGUAAUCUACAAAGGAUCCUGGAAAGAGUGGGCCCAGAAGGAAGGACUUUGAACUCAUCCGACUUUAUUACAAUUUGGAUUUUAAAUUAUUGCGUACACGAAAUAGCACAUGAGAAAUAGGUUUUGGAAUAAAUACACAUUAGCCAA